UUACUGUUUUUCAAUUUUCACUGUGGAAAUUUGUGAGCCCCAGAAAGCAAGGAGGGCACUGUGUCCACUCGUUCCUCAAUAUCCCCGAACAUUCACAGAAUCAUAGGCCACACUAGCUUUAGUUGUUGUUCACUUGUUCUGCCAUGGCGUCCCUUCUCAAAGCACCUUCCUUUGUCUCUCCUCUGCAGCAAAAGUUGAAUUAUGCCAGCUUUUCAUCCAUAACCACAAAAAUUCAAUCCAACUUUUGUCAUGCUAAUGUAAGAAAUGGGAGAUGCCAUGUUCCCAACAUGGCGAUAAAAGCUCAGACGAGCGUUGGAGGAGAUGUACUUGACAAAGAAUCAGUUGCUACUAACAAAGACGAGAACAAUUAUGGUGUUGUUAGCAUUCACCAUGUUGGAAUUUUAUGUGAAAACCUAGAAAGAUCCCUUGACUUUUACCAAAACAUUCUAGGCCUCGAAAUAAAUGAAGCAAGGCCACACGAUAAGCUUCCAUAUAGGGGUGCUUGGUUGUGGGUAGGCUCUGAGAUGAUUCACUUGAUGGAGCUUCCAAACCCUGACCCGUUAACUGGACGAGCAGAACAUGGAGGGCGAGAUCGUCACACGUGUAUUGCAAUCCGGGAUGUUCUCAAGCUGAAAGCAAUCUUUGAUAAAGCUGGUAUUCCAUACACACUUAGCAAAUCCGGAAGACCGGCAAUCUUUGCACGCGACCCUGAUGCAAAUGCUCUUGAGUUUACACAAGUUGAAGGCUGAAGGUUUUGGGGUACCAUUUGCUAUUUCUAUACCUUCUAGUCACCAGAAAGCAGAAAUAGAUGUACAGAUUAUUGUAUAUAUGCAAGUGGCACUAGCCGCUAGCAGAGUACCGGUUGAUAUAAAUUUUCUCAUUUCCAAGUGCCAACUCAAAAGAGAUGAUAUUGGCUUAUACUACAUAUGUAAGGCAAAAUGUAAUGAAUGGCAGUGUUGAAAGUAACAAGAUUGAGCAGAGUGAUUUUUCACUGA